AUGGAGACGUACUCUACAGGUUCCAGAAACCGGGUUCCAAAUAAACGCCUACACCACCCGCAAGCCAGCCCCGAGGGUUCACCGUCCCCGCGGGCCACGCCACCGCCCGCCCGCCGCGCGCAUGUGCAGCCCCGCCUCGGCCUCUACCACCGAGAAAGCUUCUGCCGCCAGGUCGUGGAUGUGGAGGACCCACAGGUGGUAGUGGUGAACUCCUGGCUGCAAAGCAAAGGCCCAGGAGGCAGGGUAGCGUUUACGAGACCCUGGACAGUGGUUUAUUUCAAGAAGAUGGAAAUCAUCAACAUCACCGCCAUGCCCGUGGUGCCGGUGGCCGAGCCCCUGACCGUCUCACUCACCUCCGGGCACGCGAUGCAGAGUGCUUCGAGGAAGAGUCUGGGAGGCAGCCUGCCCUCCUGCCUCAUCGGCUCCAUCCACCAGGUGAACCAGAAGAUGGCUGAGAUAGACCUCAGCCGCCAGCUGUUGGACAGCAGCCUGGCAAUUGAGAGAUUUGAGAUGGAGAAGAAGGCUUUAAGAGAGAAAAGUCACAGCGGCUCGGGAGACAGAGACACGAGCCAAAGGAAACCACAGGCUCCUUGCGGCGGCCCGGAGUCCAGGAGCGUCAAGCCGUCCACUGUCAAAAGGAAAACAGCAGAUAAAAACCUGCUGGCAGAGCUGUACCAGUGCACCCAGUUUGACGUCUCCAGGCCAAAUGAACUGCCCAACGGCGUGGGGUUCUGUGACAUGGUGGACAACGUGGUCCAGUCUGAGAGGAGCACCCUCAGUGGCAAGUCUUUCUGUUCACAGAGGGAACUGGAGAAGUAUCUCUCCUCUCCCUCUCUGAGAGCCAUAUGGCUGGAUAGCUUCUGGUGGAUCUUUCAUGAGAGGUUCCAGCCAAACAGAGAGGUCCAGAACAAGCUGUUCGACCGGAUAGCGCAGCACUAUGCCUCUCUCUUGUUCCACGGGUCCAGGUCCCACUACGAAGAGGCUGUCUUAAAGAGGUUGCCAUCACUGCUGAGUAAGGGCCUGUACACCAGCUUCUGUUGCUGCUUCCCGCAAUCCUGGUUCAACUCGCACGAGUUCAAGUCCGACGUCUGUAACACCAUGAGCCUGUGGAUCUCAGGUAUAUAUCCUUGCUCACAGAGCUAUGACAGUUGGGACUACUCAAAACUGGAUCCAGAGAGAUUCUUGAGAGAAGAAUUAAUGUUGCAUAGAAGAAGAUGGAUAAAGAGUAAGUAAGGACGAGAGCGAUCCUUACUCACUUCUAAGACAUCCUCUUUGCAGAAGACUGCCCUGAGCAAGAAAUUUGUUCUGUUUUUUCCCUCUCCCCCGGAGUCUACUAGUGCGAUUUCAAACAGCGAGAAAGACUCUGUAUCCAAGAAGACUUCGGAGGACACCCCCCCAGUACAGAAUACCAUGAAAGAGCCUUUGGGUCAGACUCGGGUCUCGAGGAAAGCUACACAGCAAGUCAUGAGGAUAUCAGAAGCGAGACUAUACGAGACUUUGCGUCCUAAGGAGUCCCACCCUGCCUGCAAAAACCCCGAGCUGACUUCCAGCCUCUUUAACAUUUACGGGAAGAGCCCUCUGAUCGUGUACUUCCUCCUGAACUACGUCACCCUGCGGCACAGCGGCCAAGACGUGCUGAUAACCCGGAAGGAGAAAAGCAAGAGCAUCCCCGAGUCCAGCCUGACCUAUGCUGACGUCAUCAGCAUGACCCUGUGCAACAUGGAGAAGCGAAAGGACGCCCUGCGGCAGCUGAGCCUUCUCUACUGGAGUGAGUGGACCUACUUCGAUGAGUACCUGAGGGACCUGCAGGACACCUUCCGCAGGGAGCUGAAGAACGUGGACCGCAGACAGGCGGAGAGGAAGAAGGCCAACCACAGGUUCAUCCAGCCGUCCCCCCUCAACGAGGGGCUGAAAAAGAAGUCUCGAGGGAGCAUCCAGAGGGAGACCGCGUUCCUCCUAAGAAAGGAGAAGGCAGAGAGAGAGAGACGGGAGUUGAACUACCCUCCCAUCCCACUUUCAAGUUCAAGCCCUGAUGACCUCUCUCCCCUGGAAAUAGAAAGCCCCAGCAGCAUGUCUGAUGUUUCCGAUUCCAGCGAAGGCAGCCAGUUCACAGAGACGCUCAGCGACGACUACUCCCCAGGCUCUAGCAGUUAG